GCGAACGCUGGGCUUGAGAGGCCGGAAGUGGUGCUGCUGCCGUUGCUCGCAGUUUCAAAGUGCUGUGCAGGCCUUAGGGUCUCCGGCUGCCACCUCUCCCCCAGCCAGGACGAGGAGCAACUCAUGGAGCGGCCGUAAGUUUGCUAACUGUGGAGUCUUCACUGCCAAAAUGACAUCACAUUCCACCUCGGCCCAGUGUUCAGCAUCUGACAGUGCUUGCAGAAUUUCUUCGGAACAAAAUAGUCAGGUACGACCAAAACUGCAGCUUUUGAAGAUUUUGCAUGCAGCAGGUGCGCAGGGGGAAGUAUUCACCAUGAAAGAGGUAAUGCACUAUCUAGGCCAGUAUAUAAUGGUGAAGCAGCUCUAUGAUCAACAGGAGCAACAUAUGGUAUACUGUGGUGGAGAUCUUUUGGGAGAUCUACUUGGAUGUCAGAGCUUUUCUGUGAAAGAUCCAAGCCCUCUCUAUGACAUGCUAAGAAAGAAUCUUGUUACAUCAACCUCUAUUAACACAGAUGCUGCUCAGACUCUCGCUCUCGCACAGGAUCACACUGUGGAUAUUCCAAGUCAAGACCGACUGAAGCACGGUGCAACAGAAUACUCCAAUCCCAGAAAAAGAACUGAAGAAGAGGAUACUCACACACUGCCUACCUCACGACAUAAAUGCAGAGACUCCAGAGCAGAUGAAGACUUGAUAGAACAUUUAUCUCAAGAUGGGACCUCUAGGCUUGACCUUGAUUUUGAGGAGUGGGAUGUUGCUGGCCUGCCUUGGUGGUUUCUAGGGAAUUUGAGAAACAACUAUAUUCCUAAAAGUAAUGGCUCAACUGAUUUACAGACAAAUCAGGAUAUAGGUACUGCCGUUGUUUCAGACACUACGGACGAUUUGUGGUUUUUAAAUGAGACCGUGUCAGAGCAAUUAGGUGUUGGAAUAAAAGUUGAAGCUGGUAAUUCUGAGCAAACAAGUGAAGUAGGGAAAACAAGUAACAAGAAGAUGGUUGAGGUGGGAAAAGAUGAUGAUCUUGAGGACUCCAAGUCCUUGAGAGAUGAGACUGAUGUGGAAGUUAGCUCUGAGGAUGAGUGGCAGUGUACAGAAUGCAAGAAGUUUAAUUCUCCAAGCAAGAGGUACUGUUUUCGUUGCUGGGCCUUGAGGAAGGGUUGGUAUUCGGAUUGUUCUAAAUUAACUCAUUCUCUCUCUACAUCUAAUAUCACUGCCAUACCUGAAAAGGACAAUGAAGGAAUUGAUGUCCCUGAUUGUAGGAGAACCAUUUCAGCUCCUGUUGUUAGGCCUAAAGAUGGAUAUUUAAAGGAGGAAAAGCCCAGGUUCGACCCUUGCAACUCAGUGGGAUUUUUGGAUCUGGCUCAUAGUUCUGAAAGCCAAGAGAUCAUCUCAAGCACGAGAGAACAAACAGAUAUUUUUUCUGAGCAGAAAGCUGAAACAGAAAGUAUGGAAGAUUUCCAGAAUGUCUUGAAGCCGUGUAGCUUAUGUGAAAAAAGGCCUCGGGAUGGGAACAUUAUUCAUGGGAAGACGAGCCAUCUGACGACGUGUUUCCACUGUGCCAGGAGACUGAAGAAGUCUGGGGCUUCGUGUCCUGCUUGUAAGAAAGAGAUUCAGUUGGUUAUUAAAGUUUUUAUAGCAUAGUUGAGUCAGUUGCAGAGAAAUACUAGGAGGACCAGGUCAUUUAUCAAAAAAAAAAAAAUCAGUAUUCUUAGAGGCAGGGGCAGAAGAUCACCAAUUUUGAUGCCAGUCUGGGCCAUAUAAUGAGAUCUUAGUCUUAAAAAGGAUCAGUAUUGAGCAUCUUUUAUAAAUGUGACCCAUUGCAUGUGUUAUUUGUAUAAGCAUAUAUGGAAUUUUAGAUAAGUUUUGAGGGUUUCAUUAAUGAGGAGAUACUUUGUUCUUCUUCCGAAUUGUAAACCCAGGAGGGAAUAAUAUCAAUACAAACAUAGCAAUGCAUUCUUUUAUUCACUUCCAAAUUAUUGCAAGAAUAAUACAUUAAUUGAUUUAUUCUCUACCCUGGUGUUAUGUAAUGUUCUUGAGGCAUCAAAAUCUAAAGCAGUUAUUAAAUGCUAGGGCUAACACUGAAGAGGACAUAUCCGAUCAGUCUCUCAUUGUGUAGCCAAGGAUGACCUUAAAUUCCCGAUACCUGUCUUUACCACCACCUAUGUGCUCAUAAGCCGUCCCACUAUGCCCAUCUGAAAUUUUAGUUUUAGAUCAAAUAACACAGGUGUACAUCUCUUCACAGCCUUAUUAGUUCUAAAAAGAAAAGGUACAGACUUUGUAGCCAACACUGCAUUUGUCUCAAGCUGGCUAGGUGUUUUGCAUUUUUUGCUCUGGAGUUGUUCACAUUCUGAGGCAGUGGCCUAUGAUAGGGCUUGGACAGUAGAGAGAAGGAAUGUAGCAGCUAUGAAAGGAUCUCUUCUGCUUAGUCAUUUUAUACCACAUCAAUUUAGUAUAAUACCAAUAUACGAACUGAAGAUCUUCAAGCUGAAUCCCUUAUAUCUUUUCUGUGUCCACUGAACUCAUGGGGGCCAUCUUGAUGUUUCCCCAGGGAUAUGAGUACAUCAUUUUAAAGACCAAGUCCCUAGAGCUAUUGAACUUGAGGGCAAUCUAGCUGUCUUGGCUUUCCCUGUGGCUCCUGCUGUUAGAAAGGGGGAGAUGCAUGGUAUCCAGUCCCCUUAUAUCAUUGUGUCCCUGCUGGACUGGGACCACUGGGGCUCCUCUAACUACUACUAAGAGGAGCUAUGUUAGCUUUAUGUUCUUGCAUUGACUCCAUGUUCCCUGUCUGUCCCAUGCUCUACCAGUAGACCCAACUUAACCAAAUUUUCACUGGAUUAGUUAUCAUAGUUAUUCUUUAAUUGCUGUGACAAAGUACCAAUGCAAAACAUAAAAGAAAGCAUUUAAUGGGGUUUGCUUUUAAGAGGGUUAGAAUCCAUGAUGGCUGGCAGGGACAGCUGAGAGCUCACAUCUUGAUCUGCAAGUAGAAUGUAGAGAAAAAAAGAGCCCUGGGAAACCCCAGGGCCUGCCCCCCAGUGGUAAUUGGUCUACCAUUUCCACCAACUGGGGGCUAAGUAUUCAAACUUAAGAGCCUGUGGUUUAUAUUCUCAUGUAAGCCACCACAUUCCAUGAAAAGAAUUACUAAUUACUGUGCUACAGAGCCAGUAUUAGGCUUUCUGGAAAUCUCCUCUAUCAAAGAAGUUAGUUUUCACUCCAGACUUAGGCAAAUUCUUAGGACAAGGGUAGAAGGCAGCCACAUUCUUUGCCAAAACAUAACAAGAAUAAGUCUUUAGCCAGUUGCUAAUAAUUGCUAUACCCUGCAGCCUCUUGAUCUAGGCUUCCUCUCAUUACUAGUAUCUUUUAGGCUCCUAUUGGACCCAUUAAACUCUGUUUACAGCCUUGAACCCUUUCUUAGUCCAAAAUCCCAAACUCUUACACAUUCCUCCAAAAAAACCACAUGGUCAGGUCUUUCACGGCAAAGGUCCACUUCCUGGUACUAGCUUCUGUGUCUUGGCUACUCUAAAAUUGCUAUAACAAAACACCCCGACCAAGGCAGAAUGUACAAGAAAGCAUUUAUUGAGUUUAUGGUUUGAGGGAUUUAGUUCAUGAUGGAACAGUUGAGAGCUUACAUCUCAGUCUGCAAGUAGGAGGCAGAGAGAGAACCCAGGGAAUGGCAUGGACUUUUGAAACCUCAAAGUUUUCACCUUGUGACAGACCUCCCCAACAAAGCUGUAUCUCCUAAUCCUUCCCUAGUAGUUCCUCCAACUGGGGACCAAAUAUUCCAACAUGAGCAUAGGGGAGCAUUCUCAUUCAAACCGCUAGUUUGCAGAGGAACUUUCCUAGCCAUGGCUUGUCAUUGCUCCCAGUUGAUAAUUUCACUAUUUGUAGCAAACUCAUUGGUCAAGUCCUUGUUAUUAUGGAUCUUCUGCUUGUAUUGAAAAUCCUGCAGCUCCUGUUGGGAUUGAUGUGCAGUCUCUGAGGGACUGAUAACAGACUUGUAUGUCCAUAUCUCCAUGGCAGUGAGAAAAAGUAGCUUAGAGGUAAUUCUAGAUGUCACCAGUCACAGUCUCUACUUGAGAAUAGGCUAUGAUAUGUCUAGCCCUGUACUUUAGUUAUUUCCUAAACUUGGACCUCCCGGGUGGAAUUGGGUCAUUAAGAUGUUUAAUUCCAAGCACUACAUUCAAAAUAGGAUACAUUAUAUAGUAUGUCAGUUUCAUUCUAAUGCUUUUCUUAAUCUUUGGGGCAGCGUCUUGCUGUUUAACAAUGACUGGCCUGGGCCUUGCCCUACAGCUUGGGCUGGCCUCGGCUUUAAAGUGACCUUCCUGCUUUUGCCUCUCGAGGGCUGGAAUUGUAGGCAUGUAAUGACUAAAUUUCUUAUUUUGCUUUUCAUUUAAGUUAGUUUUUGUUAUUCUAUCUUGGACAAAAAGUGCAGAGCAGAGAUGACGGAUUAUUAGGAAAGUUUCCAGGGUCUCACUGUUAAUGUGUUCCCCACAGGGGACUUCAUGGUUGUUGAUGUGCUUCUGUUUACUACUGUGUCAGAUGAGCAAUUCAGAGCUAGGCUUCAGACAAGUGACUGCCUCCUUCGCCCAUUUAGGAUGUAGUAGGUUUAUGAUUGAGGGCUGGAACUGGUAGAUUAGAGCAGCCAGACUGGCCUCUUAUCUGCCACAAAAUUGUAUGAUAGAACAUUGUACCGCCAAGCAUUUGUGACUGUGUGGAUAUGAAUUCAUUAUUUAUGUAUAUUUAGAUGUAUGUGAUACUUUGCAUGGUUUGAAAGAAUUUAUUCUGAAAGCCAGAUCAUUUGUAACCUUUGUGUGUCAGUUCAAUGUAAUGUUGGGGCCUUUGAAAAGUUGAUUGAGAAAUUGGGGAGCAUUCCCAGUUCUCUAAUGUUCCUUGUUUAGUUCUCUUUAGAAAGAGACACUUUUGGACCAGCUGUUUAGCUGUUUUGUUCUGUUUCCAUGAUAUUCUGGGAAUCUCCAUGACUUUAGAUACUGUGACUGUUAUUUUCCCUUUAGCCCAAAUGGUUGAUUCAGUCUAAAGAAUACUAUUUUUUGAUGCCUCUUCAAUUGUUGCAUGUGCACACUAUCUAGAUUGAUGCUACCUUUGCUAAAAAUGUCUUAAGAUAAAGAACUAGCUGUUUAGAACCUGCAUUUCAAAGAUAAAGAAACCUGGAAGCUGUCCUGUGCCAAAAGUAAAGUGUACAAUGUUUACAGAUGGGUGGAAUUUUGCACUGCCAUAGGGAAUGGUGAGCUUGUAUCUCCAGGUUCCUUAGAUUUAUGAGUAGAUAGUUGCAGUUAAGCUUAUGAGAGAAACUGUUGAGCCCUCUAAGGCUAAGCUGGUAAUGAGUAUCCAAGACAGGUGGUGGUUAAAGGGACUCCCUAGACCUAGCUUGGGUCUUUCUGUUGACAGUUCAUGGUCUGCAGAUACUGUACGCUUUUUCAUUUAGAGGAGCUGCCAGCUCUCUCCUCUUGUGAAAGACUGUCUUGUAGACAUUUUGAAAUCUUUUGAUGUAAUGUGCAAUCCCAAGUAAUGCCAUUAUUGGUGAAUGUAGCAUUGUUAAACUUUUAUUGUAAAUUCUUUCUGGUCUUACCUUGAUAGCCUUGGUUUUUGUUUUGUUUUCAGAGACAGAGCCUGGCUAUUUGGUUUACCUAGAAUUUGCUUUAUGAUUAGGCUCUCCACAAACUCACAGAUGUCUGCCUUUCUGCCACCAUGCCCAUGCAACUGAUGGUACCAAAAAUGAUCUCACAUCUAUGGUGCUGCUUAUGUGUCUUUGCAUAGGCGCCCCCUUCAGUCCCAUCUAGGAGCACAGCACAGUAGAAGUCCAUUUCUUAAGUUGGAGGAGUCAGAGAUAAGCUAAGAGGACUAGUUGCUUCAGUGGUACUGAAGAUUAGCAUUGUGUUGAGACACUUGAGGGCCAAUACGAGCUUUUAAUUUGUUACCCAAAGGCGUUUUGUAUUCUUAAACAGCAAGUACUUUGAUGUGUGUAGACAUUUCCCUUCAUUCUCCCCCCCUCCUCACCGCUUUUAUGGUCUCUUAUUUUUGAGUUCGCAGCAUUUGGACAUUGCUUUUAUGCCAGAGGCCAUCUGUCACUUUGGGUGUUUAGAAGUACAGUGUACUUAUGUAGGGUCCUCCUUCAGCCUGUCCUGAGCAGUGUUGUGGUUACAGAAUGGACCAUGUGCUCCAGCAGAGAGGAGGGAAGCUGGGAGGGUACAGCUGUCGUCUGCCUUCCUUUGUGGAGGUGUUGGUUUGUUUGAGCACUAAGGAAUUUGAGGUCAAUCUUCCCCCUCUUCCUGCCCAUAGUUUUCACUUCCCUUCCAGUAAGAACAACCCCUAAGAGAAAGAGACGCAGUACUCUUGGCCUUCGUAGCCAGCAGCUUAUGUCCUACUCUGGAAGUUGUAAGCUACAGUUUUUCUCACCUGUAAAGCCAACACACACGGGCUAUCCAUUCCUACCUCAGUUUGAUGUGGCAACUAUGGAGAAACAACUCUUAAAAACUCUGACUGCCUUGAAGAUGGAGGAAGCUAGUAGUAGUCUUGGUCGACUGUGCUCUAAGGGUUAUAUUGAGAAUCUUUUAUUCUGGAAGUGAGUGCAGGUCUCCUUACUGCCUGCUCAGUAGACCUGUGUUGCCUGCUUUAAGUCUCCGCCCACCCGCCUGUCCUUCCCUUGAUUAGGGAGGGCUGCCUCCAGGCGCUUUGAGAAGCACAAGUAAAUCUAGAUAGCAUAUUCUAUCCUGAUGGGACUUCCUUGCUUUGUCUUGCUGUAUAGGAAUUCAUUCUGUCUACACUUGAGUGGUUGGCAUGAGAUGCUCGACCUGUGUGUCGAGAGGCAGUUUCAUGACAUUCCCAGUCUGGUACUUGCCAGUGCAGUAGCAAAUGAGGGGUAAUAAACUGAGAAGAACGGCAGCUUACUAACGAGGCCAGAGGGAAAUGUUUCCGUGUGUCCUUGUGUAACUUUUUACAGUGCCACUAAGUUAAUAGCCCUGUAUGUGGGUGUUUGCACUAUGUAAUGCUUUUAAUGUGUUUUUAUUGUGUUUUUGUGUGAUUAAACAGUUUUUAUUUCA